AUGAAGAAGUCAUUACUCGCAUCUGUGAUUGAUCAAUGGUCGGUGGUGCCCCCAGUGGAGACGGCUGAUCUAUCUGGAAAAACAGUUCUUGUCGUCGGUGCCAAUGUGGGCAUUGGAUUCGAGGCAUCAAAACACUUUGCCCGUAUGCAACCAGCGCGGUUGAUAAUUGCCUGCCGUAACGAGGCCAAGGGGAAGGUCGCUUUGGCUGAAAUUGAACGAGAGACCGGAUACAAUGGAUGCGAGCUCUGGAUAGUCGACCUUGCAAAUUUUGCAUCAGUCACCACAUUUUCUGAUAAAUUCAAGAGGGAGGGCGGUGAUUUGCAUAUCCUUGUCAUGAACGCAGCAAUCGUGCAGCUCGUUUACCAGCCCACCGCUGAUGGCUGGGAGUCCGUGUUGGUCUAUUGCACUUUUUCUGCGCGUUGUUAUGACUCAUAUCCGCCCUUCAGACUACAAUCGCUGCGGGGGGAAAAGUCUUCAACACCUUCACGGAUAGUAAUUGUGUCCAGUGAUCUUCACUACUGGAUCACGCCCGCGAAAGAGGUCGAGGCUUCCACGACACCACUUGAAACGCUGAGCAACGAAGAGUGGUGUAUACCUGAGCACAUGCAAUCCCGGUAUAAUGAAUCAAAGCUGUUGAAUGUUCUCUUCGUUCGUGCCUUGACGGACAGGUUGCAGUCUAUCACACCACUCAGCGCUGUGGCCGUGAACCCAGGAUACUGUUAUUCACAAUUACGGCGUGACUGGUACAAGAAACCGACCUUUUCAUUUGCCAGAAUAGCGGUCGCUCUCAAUGAACGUCUCCUGGCGUGGACGGCUGAACAAGGUAGCCGUCAGCUUGUAUUUGCUGCGGUGGGCGGACGAGACAAUGAAGACAAUAUGAAAGCCGGGUACGUAAACCUUGGCCGCCUCAUAGAGGUCGCCGAUUUCGUGCUGAGCGACGAGGGUCGUAAAUUUCAGAACACUGUUUGGAAUGAGACUAUAGACAUUCUGAACGGCGUUUCUGACAAGAUUGCUCCAAUAGUUCAAGAUUAUCUCGUCGUACCUGAUUCGUCCAUAAACUGA